AUAUCCACCGUGUUCGUAUUCACUCCCACCACCCGACCCACUCCCCACCCCCGCUGCGACGCUCCGCGUCUUCUAAACUAGUGGUUGCGGGAGAGAUACGGGUGAAGAGGGGGAGGGGGAGAGAGGCUCGACGUUAUCACAAUAUCGGGGGGAUAUUACAGAGACUGAAGUCUGGCUUUUAUAUCAGAAAAAAAACAUAUGCCAAAUGGAUCUGAAUUAAACUUGUGUCAUCUAUGGUUUACCAGCUUCCUCUUGAAGAUGGCCAGUCAGCGCUAAGCUAACUAGCUGGGUGUAGCAGAUUUGACUGGAGGAAGAGGUGCCAGAGGCACCAUGGGAGAUGGAGGAGCCCUCCAUACGGAGGGGAACGCCCUCCUCAAAGCCGUCUUCCAGGGCAAGCUGCGACUGACCCGGCUCCUCCUGGAAGGGGGUGCCUACAUCAACGAAGGCAACGAGCGGGGCGAGACCCCCAUCUCUGCUGCCUGCCUGGCUGGCUACGAGGACCCCCAGAGCCGCCAGAGGAUGGUGCGCUACCUCCUGGAGAAAGGAGCCGAUCCCAACAUCCCAGACAAGUCUGGGCGGACCGCCCUGAUGCAUGCCUGUGUCGAGCAGGCGGGCAAAGAGGUGGUGUCCUUGCUCCUAGAGAAUGGAGCUGACCCAAGCCUCAAGGACUACACAGGCUCCUCCGCCCUGGUCCAUGCCAUUAACAGAGGUGACAGAGACACCCUCCAGGUCCUGCUGGACGCCUGCAAGGCCAAGGGCAAGGAGGUAAUCAUCAUCACCACCGACACGUCACCCUCGGGCACCAAGAAGACCAAGCAGUAUCUCAACUCCCCCCCAUCACCAGGGGUGGUGGACAAGCUCUCGCCCGUGGCCUGCAUGUCGCCCUCAGAGGUAGCGAUCCGGACCUCCAAUUCCCCAGCAGCAGAGAAGGUUGAGGAGGAGGACAGUAUCUUCAGCUUUGCGCUGACAUCAGCCUUACCCCUACCCUCCACUAGAACCCUAGGGGAGAAAAGGCCGCCUCCCCGCAAACUCCUGAAGAGGCUCAACUCUGAGCCUUGGGGGCUGGUAGCACCCUCAGUGCUCAGCAGGGUCCCACAGGAGAGGGUUGAUGGUGGACUGGAGGAGGAAGGUGGAGGUAGGAUCAUCACUGAGAUGAAUGGUCUGUCAAUCUCGGGUCCUGGCAGGCCUCUCCUGUCUCGUCGGCACAGCAUUGAAACACAUGACCCCUGCUCGCCCAAACUCAUUGACCGAUCCUGCUCAGAGGACUGUGCAGCCCUUUGUAGCUCCUCCUGGGCCGACAAGGUCCAACAGCACCAGAUCCUGUACCGCAGGAACACCGCGCCGGAGUCUCAGGAAAAUACAGGGGGGGUGGCUUCACGCACCCUGACUCACCCCAAACUUACACGUAUGGAGCACUAUGAGUCAGACACACACCUGUGUCCUGAGUCCAUCCCUGGAUCUCCAGACUCGGGGCGCGUGUCUGUGGAGCGGAGGAAGUAUAACGCCUCGCCCCUCUCUCUGCUCACCACCUCCUCCCGGGAGUCCCUUGAGAGCAUCCCCAAUUCUGUCUCCCCCAUCACCAUGCGCAGACGGCCCCCAGGCCUCCUGGAGCGCAGGGGCUCAGGCACCCUCCUUUUGGACCACAUCUCCCACACCCGCCCCGGGUUCUUGCCCCCACUCAAUGUCAACCCCCACCGGCCCAUCCCAGACAUCCGGGCCAAUGGCAAGCCCACUUCCCCCGUCCACUCUGGUCCCAAGAGCCUGGUUCCAGUUGCCCCUGCCUCACCCAAGAGAGGCCCAGACUUCAAGAUGAAGAAGAAACUGAUGAGGAGGCACUCCAUGCAGACAGAACAGAUGAAUCAGCUCUCCACCUUCCAGGAGAUCCUGACAGAGAAGGUCAUUGAGUCCAACGGGGACUGAGACUUAAAAGGACAUGUGAGGGUACAGUGGUGGAUCAAUUAGUCUAUCUAAUUAGUCCAUCAUUAUCCUCAAUCAGUGCUUAAACCAGGACUAGUAACGUGAAUUUGGCUCAUUCAGAGUGAGACCUCAGUCCCAUCCUUGUUCUGUGUCGAGUGCAGGUGGUUAUUUUUAUUUAUAGGUGACCUAUUUUAAUUUGUUGUGUUUCCUUUCCGUGCUGUCACAGAAAGCUGGUUGAUUGAGUAAUACGGUAUACAGCAGAUGUUCUUUUCAUUUCUCCUCAAAUUAUUUAUUAAUAUACCAUUUGCAGUCAACAGAAAUAGAAACGUAUUUCUGUGUUUUUAGAUGUUUACACACUGCAGAAUGUGCGCCAAUGUCAUGCCUGUUGUUCCGUGUGCUGAAUACAUUUUCUUCCCUUCUGAAUUCAGUCACCCUAUCUAUCUAUGACACUUUAAGUUGAAAGAAAAAAAUCAACAGUAGAGAUGCUAGCAACAGCUUACCUUGUCAUUCUGAAUGGCCUGUCUUCCCGAUUUUCAAUUCUUGCGUUAGCUGCUUUAAAACGUCAAACUUCAAGCCUAAAAUGCUCUCAUGUUGAUGGGUUUGUUUGGGGGAGAAUAAUGCUGCAUUCCAUUAAAUAGUUUUCAAGACAUAUUGCCUGAAGAUUUCACUGUCAUUGUAUUGUUGCUGUUAUCUACUUUCACUGUAUUUAUUUGCCUUUACUUUUUAAUCACUUGAGAUUUUGUGUUUUAGAGAGCUAUUUAGCUGUAUGGUCAAACCACACGCCUGACUUACCCUGACGACUACAGUGGGAUCAACAUGUGGGACUCUUUAUGAGUAUCACACUGUAAUAAUGUUGUUAUCAAUUGAUAAAAAUAAAUAAAAAAUCAACAUGUGGGACUCUUUAUGAGUAUCACACUGUAAUAAUGUUGUUAUCAAUUGAUAAAAAAAAAAAAAAUACAAGUCAAUUGAGGUGCAAUUAAUUUCAUACAAAAUUCCAAAGAAAUCCCAUGAAAGCAUGUUUGUUUACAUUGGAGUGUGUGAAUACUGUUAGAUGGCUUUUAGAAGAAUUAACCUCAAUUAAUUGCACAUUGAUGCUGUGCCUUUCCAUAUGGAAAGAGCUCCUAGCACAUAUUAACUGUAAAUAAUGUAAAGAUAAGACAAACCUAAUUUGCUUAUGAAAUAUGUCCAUGUGCAAUAUGCUGUACUGUAAUGUCAAUGGAUAUCCUUCAUCUAUGGUGGACGUGAAGUUGUCUUUACAAAUUGUACAUUAAAAGCAAUCUGAAGCACUUCUUAACAUUUACUGUACACAGAUUUGCCGAAAGGGAGAGUUUUAGGCUCACAGAACUAACAUUUACAGUUACUUACACAUUUAGAUUGUCACUUUUAAAUAAUUCCCAUUUGUAUAGUGAGAUUUAAGAGAAAAAAAAGUUAGAAAAUGUUUACCAAGCUUACAAUGUGACUGCUUGUCCCGCUUCCAUUUGAAAUAUUUCUGUCUUUAAUGAAAUAAUGUUUAUGUGCUACAAGGUUUAAUAUUGACCUCCUGUCGAUUGAACUGUAAUGUAGGUUACUUGAAGUUUAAGAGAAAUACAAACAAAAAAUACAUAUUUUUGUAUGCCUGUUAGGAAAUAGCAAAGUAAAUUCUAAUAUGUAAUCUAUUUUCACGUUUGAACUUGAUUGUAAUUUGAUUGUGAAAUAAACAUUUGUUAAAUGUUCAUAAGUGAAUUAUAGCAAC